CGCUUUGAACAGAAGAGCCAUAACAUAUAAAAUCCCUUGACCAUCUGGUCAUUUGAAUUUAUAAUCAACAUUCCAGCGAAUAUACCAUCGUCUCACACUUCAUAGCCAUCUUUGUAUCUCGGUCUCAGCUUAGGUGAAGCUUAUAUUCGAAAAUGCCUUGUAAGAAUUCCGAGUACCUCCUCGUCGCGUGCGCUCUCCUGACCGGAUCAUUGGCGGUGACCGAAAUUGCAUUGACUACUGCCGCAUCCCAACUUCUCAAUGGACAAAAGACUCAAGUUGCCGCCGCACUACCGCACGGAAUACUUCAUGCAGACCCUAUCUUUUACGCCGGAGUCGCGAUAAUUGUCGCCUCAUCUAUUGCAAUCCUCCCAUCAAUUUUAGGUAGUGUCUUUCGCCUAGCUAAUCGCUGCCCGACGGGGAAUUUCCGAUUCUUUGGGAUGGCGGCUUUUGCAUAUUUACCUGUCGUGAUAGUUGAAACCGUGAUUGGGUUGACAUGGCAUGCUUCCGUUACAUCGGCUCUGCCUCAAUUGUUGGUGAAUGAGUUAGUUGCGGGAAGUGGUACAAACCUUUACUAUCACGGCUCUAUGGUCGAGAUCGCUGUUGUUGUGAAUGGCUGGGCAGUAUUCACAAGCUUGGUCCUAGCUACGAUAUUGGAAAGGAAGAUGUUCAAGGCUACCCAACAAGAACAACAGAAGAUUUCUUCGCCAGUAUAUUUGACUAAUGAGGUGAAAGAUAGCUAUGAGGAAGGGAUUUAGCUUAUGUAUGAAUUGUCUGAGACUCUUGAUGAUUCCUUACAUAGCUCAUCUAUAUGCUCAGCCUUGGAAAAGUGUGACUGGCUUUCGGAUCUGUUUGGCUCGCCUAUCAUAUUCCAAAGCUUUUAUUUAUUUAUUUAUUCGUUCCUUUAUUCAUUCAUUCAUUUCUCUAACGGAGUUUCUCAACGCACAAACAUCAGUGGCCUCGAGUUCUGCAGACAGAAACCGGAUUUCUUGCCUUAUGUCUCCAAUUACUAAUUAUAACGAUUUGUUACUUUGUUUUCCAUUUAUUGAGCUCGUAUUCUGGAAUCUAGAGAAGAUUUCCUAGCAAAUCAUGACUGUUUGAUCUCACACAUGACCC